AUGGCGGGCUUUACUGGUUUAAUUCUGAGUUUAAUAAUUUGUUGUGGUGUCGCAAUUAGUGUGGCCACCGAUUACACAGUGGGGGAUACAUCUGGUUGGUCAAUUGGUGCUGAUUACAGCACUUGGACUAGUGGCAAGACCUUUGCUGUUGGUGACACCCUCGUGUUCAACUAUCCAAGUGGGCAUACAGUGGAUGAAGUAAGUGAAAACGACUACACCUCAUGCACUACUGGAAACUCUAUUAGUACAGACAGUAGUGGCGCCACCUCAGUCACACUUAAGACUGCCGCCUCAGCUGGAGGCGGAUCGCCGUCAGGAACCACUACCACUCCAACAUCCAGCACUACAGUUUCACCGGCAACUCCUAGGACUAUAACGACACCAACUGCAGGCACUGUUCCUCAGUCAUCUUCAGCAGCAACUCUAUAUACAGUUUCAGCUCUUUUCAUAUCUUGGUGCUUAAUAUUAGAGUCGUUUCUUUGGUAA